UAUGUUGGUGUAUCUCGACUUAGUAAAGCAUUUUUUAAAUUAUGAAGUUUCGGUCACACACCAAACAGGUGUUAUCUUUGAAUAAUAAGUAUUCUAUUGACUGCAGCUAGUUGAAUAUGUCGCUCUCAAGGCCUUUAUACUCGCUGUUCGGCAGCUAUCUGGAGCAGCUUUUCAAUCAUCCCGUUCGCACCAAAUGUCUAACGGCCUGUUUUCUAGCUACCUCGGCUAAUGUUACCUCGCAGCGCAUAUCAGGCGCCAAGACACUGAAUCAACACAGUGUCUUUGCCUAUGGCGUUUUUGGACUUAUCUUUGGAGGAACUGUUCCACACUAUUUCUAUCAGAUUGUCGAGCGUUUGUUCAGUCAUGAUCUGCGCUUUCGCAAAUUUUUCAUCUUCUUAUCCGAACGCUUUGCUUUUGCACCUCUGUAUCAGUUUCUUUCCCUAUACUUCCUUUCGAUCUUCGAGGGGAAUUCGCACGCCAAAGCCUUACAAAAUGUGGAGAAGCUGUACUGGCCUGUAUUGCGUGCCAAUUGGCAAUAUAUAUCGUUGUUAGUCUAUUUGAAUAUUGCCUACGUUCCACCGAUGUUCCGCUCAAUUAGUUCGGGGAUUAUCGCAUUUAUUUGGGCAGUUUAUCUGGCCCAGAAACGUCGUCGUCACCAGGAGAAACUGACUGCUGAAAAAUCUAAAUAAACACAUUCCAUACAGAAAAUUUAAAUCGUCGUUGGUAAUUGACAAUUUACAAAAAUCCUCGGUAAAAGUCUGAUAUUGGCUACUGCAAAAUAAUAAAACCCUGAUACAGCUUUGUAAAGUUUAUAUUAAUAAAUACCAGUUUUUUCAUAUGUUAUAUGAACUUUGAUAA